AUGUAUUUUGGUAUAAAAGGUUUAAACGUCGAUUGGAUGUUAUUCGUUUCUUUGGAGAGAACGAAAGAAGUAACAAGAUGAAUAAAUUAGUGAUAACCGUUUUAAUUGUAACCUUAUUUGUAACAUUGAGCUCUUGUGCUCCUGGUUACGGAGGAGGAGGUGGCGGUCACGGAGGUGGUAGUCAUGGAGGUGGCGGAUUUGGAGAUGGUGGCCACGGAGGAGGUGGUCAUGGAGGAGGUCACGGUGGUGGUCAGGGAGGUAGUCACGGAGGUGGAUUUGGAGGAGGUCAAGGUCAUGGAGGAGGUCAAGGUCAUGGAGGAGGUGGUCAUGGAGGAGGUGGUCAUGGAGGUUACAAAACCCAUGGAUAUUAAAUUCUUUAAGAACAACUAAAAUUAUUAAUUAAAAAUACUUAAGAUUG